GUGUGUUGUAUAUGGGGCUACUGCUUCAAGAAACGCCCUGAUCACGUGAGAGUAGAAGAUAGUGGCAAUACAGAUCCGCCUUCUCUGUACACUUCAUCAGCUGCAUACGAUCAUCGCAUCGCAUUUGGCGCCCAAACUGUGCCUAUUCAAGUUUUGUCACACGAUGGCGCCGUCAUUCUAAUUCCUCGAAAUGCACGUGACGGACAUAAUUUGUAUCACCAUGGUAAUGGUAUGACGAACCUAGGAGAAGCGGUGCAUUACAACGUGUGUUAUAAUUCUAUCAGCUUACCAUCUUACGACCAAGCGAUGUCAUGUCCGGUUCUUCUUCCUACUUCUCGCUCUCAUCAACUUCCAUCCACAGCGACCCAAGAUUCUGUAACACCAUCAGAAGGUGGCCACGUGAUAGAGGCACGUAUGAAUGCGUUGGAGACGGACGAGGAGAGACGCUUGCCCGACAUAGGAGGCCGCGCUGAUACACCAAGGGAAUCUCACGCAUCACAAACCACUCGGCAUGCUCGACCUGAUCUUUCUAUGCACCGUGAUCGAGCUGAGAGAACGUCAUCACGCCCGGAAUCGCACUCUCCCAUCACUAAUCUGAUUCCUCAUUCUCCAUCUCCUCCUCCUCUUCAUCCCCCUCCAGCGUACCAAUCAUUAUCACAAUAAUAUGCAAAAAAAUACAUUGUAGUCUAUAAACGAAUAUGGAUUGUGAAGUUGUGACUUCGAAUCCCCAUCAUCUCUUCUUUAACCAAAAAGGCCCGGGAUUAAUUUGUGUCGUCUAUAAGGACAUUCAAUAUGAUUGUGACUGAUUGACUUCGACGUAAUGUUCCCGAUGCAAUGGCUGAAACCAGCUUGGCGUCGAAGAGGCUUAAAACCCGCGCUGCCGAGUUCAUGUGGGCUAUGGGAGUUACAGCAACAGACCCAGAACCAAAAUACCUAUGUGCUCUGAAACACAGCAAUCGAUUAAUUUGAGAUUAUUUGCUAAUUAUAUUUCAUAUAAUAUGUAAAGGCUGUACAGUAUAAUUAUGUUGAAGUAACGUCACGGAUUUGGGGAAAUAAAACCUGAAUGAAAUGAAUGAAAUCUUAGAGUGCAAUUACGAACAAUAGAAGAAAAAAACACACUCAGUAUUCAUGAUUAUGUUUAUUUUCUGGUUUUGUCUGGGUGUAUAUUUGUAUCCACCUCUUUCUUCUCCCUCUUCCUUCUUUCAAUCUCAAAGUUUUUACUCAUUUUGCCCCUCGAAUUUUGUAUAACCUUUCAGGACGACUUUUUGGCCAAUAUCCCGAUUUGUAAGAGAAUAAUGUCCAUCCCUUAUCAUUCAAAUACAGUUACCAUCAACCCACAUUUUUUUUGUCGUGCAGUUUUGAAACCCACAGCCACUAAUAAUGGUAAUCGUUCUAUAUGUAUGUAAUGUUUAACCUUUAGACUCGGGUACAGGUUGUUUACCGUGUUUAUCAGUUUAAACAAUCAAGUCGAGGUUCUGCUCUAACCUCCAAGUAAAAUAGAUGCGAUAACGCAUCUCACACUCCCUUACACGCAGUUUGUUGUAGUUUGGAACAUUCUAAUAGUUCAUCCAAUAAGCAUUCACCUGAGUUGUUAAGAAAUUUUGCAGCCAUUCUUUUGACAAAAAAUAAUGCAGCAGAAGAAAGAAAUUGACUCUGUGACCUGAGCCAGCAACAAGAUAAAUCGCGAAGCAUAUUUUAUUUACGUUAUGGAUCUGUUUUAGAUACGUAUGUACUGCCUGCACGGAAACCAUAAUUGGCUUUCUGACUCUUGAAUAUCUGACCCGCAACGAUUAAACCUGUAACGUCGAUAGACGUAGAGAAAACCGAUAACCGUCAUAAUGGCUGAAAUGAAUCCACGAAAUGUGGAAUUUGGUGGUGAAAAUCAACAGACAACAUUUGAAUAUACGGACGAAACAUCGCCAUCAUCUGCGAAUGACACGUUACAAGUAAAUACAAACUCGCAAGAGACAUAUCCAGCCCCGGUUUCUCAGGAAAAUUCUCCAACACCGGAUAACUUGCUAUUUCCAGAAAGCGUCGCAGUCCAUAGAGACAGCAUGGCAUCUCUUAAUAACUUAGCAGCUCCAGAAAAUUUGACAUUACCCAACAACUCUAUACAACCGGACAACUUAACAUCUCGUAACAACGCAGCAGAAGCUCCGGAAAAUGUUACUGCUCCUAACUCGACUUCUCCGGACAAGUCUUUACCCUUGGACAAUUUAACAAUUCCCAGUAACUCAACAGCCUUGGAGAACUCUCUUUUUCCAGACAACUCCACAUUCCCUGACAGUAACAUAUCCAUGGAUAACUUACCAUUUCCAAAUAACUCAACAGCUCCAGAGAGCGUUGAAUCUCUGGGAAGCUUGGUUUGUCCAGACAACUCCACAUCCUCGAGCAAUCAAACUCAUUUCAACCCGGCAACUACGGAAAGAGUUGAAGAUCCAGAAAUGUUGGUAUCUCCGGAGAGCCGCACGUCCAUGGACAAUUCAAUAUCUAUAAACAAUGCAGCAACUCUGGAAAGGGUUGAGACUCCAGUGAGUUUGGUAGCUCCGGACAACUCCACAUCCAUGGAGAAUUCAACUUCUCUAAACAACUCGGUAGCUCCGGAAAACUCGCCAUCUUUAAUCAACCCGGAUUCAUCUGUCACGAGGACAGUGCCAAGCCUCCCGAGCUUACCUGUCACUUCAAGAACAGUAAUUUCUACCUCAUCGGUAAGUCUAACGUUACCAAUGGCAUCAGUAAGGACCAGUCCAACAUCACCAACCACAGCAACUCUACCAACUUCAACACCAUCGCUUAGUCCAAAUCUACCAGUAUCCCCGACGCCAUCAAUCAUCCCACCAUCUAAUACAAUGGCAUCAUCGACAUCGCCAUACGAGCAAGCAUCGACAACGACGACGUCCGAAGAUGUCGAACCAACCUGCGGACGAUGUCGAUCUCUACUUCGAUCACUAUGUAGCACAUCUCCGGACAAAUACUGUUGCAUCAUCCCUGCCAAAAUAUGGCUCAAGUUCCGUCUCUGCGCCAUCGUACUCCUACUCGUCGGACUCUUCCUCGUCAUCAUCUUCCCUCUUCCUGGAAUGGUUCUCUUUCAAAUAGCGAUCGUCCUCCUGACUGUAUCAGGAGUUUUCGUAUUCAUUGACAUCGGAAGGGGAACCAUCGCUAACUGUUGGUGUGAGACUGUUGAAAGGCCACGUCCUCAGCCGAACAGAGUGCGGACUAUUGAAGUCACUGCAAGUGCUAGGUUUGAAGAAUACGACAACCCUGCCUUCUCCGAGGGCGACCAUCCACCCGAUUACGCCUCCGCCAUCGCUACAACUCCAACCCCUCUCGACCACGGACACCAACGACCACCGAACAUCACCAUCAACAUCGAGGCCUCGGAGCGCGGAACAACGGGUGACCUCGCCUUUGAUCCUACUUUGAGCCCAAGCUCGAUUUUCUCCUUCAGCGAACCUUACUCGCCACGGUCAUUACCUCCAUCGUAUGAUGACGUCAUAAAAGAAGAUAACGACAGGCAGAGGUCAAGGAACCGAGAUGAUGAUACUCCUGGACCAAGCUCCUCCUGAAUUAGCCUUCAGACAAGGCCCCGUGUUUGACGUGACGUGCAUAUCAGAAAAAGAGCGUCUGGUAAAGAGAGACCAAUCGCCCAAACCCGGGUGAAGGCGCCAUCCUAUAAGGAAACUGGGUGCAUUCACUGAGUCAGCGCUAGUCUCGCCUCAGUCCUUGCGUGGUUUGUCAAAAAGCUACUCCUGAGCAAGUUCGAUCUUCAAUUCGAAUGAAUAAAUUUCUGUAUCAUGGCAAAGGAAUAUUAUUUUUCAACAUCUCCAUGACCAGAAACACUUGAGACUGGAGACAGAAAUUUCUAUAGGCCUGUCCUGGGCAAACAUCAAAGUUUGUAAGCAGAUAAGAGAUGACUUUGCAACAUGAUAUGGAAUUAUAUUUAGAAACAAAAUCAGAGAUAUAUCUGGAAAAUUGUAAUCAGUUUCAACUGUGUAAACGUUGGUUUCAUUUAUCGUGUACAUUUUAAUGAAAAAAAUAUCAUGACAUCCGUGAUCGGCACUAGUGACAAGUAUUUAACAUUAUUUCACUGCAGGUUUAACCUACCUCAAAAUAAAGAAUAAUUUUAAAAAGAACAAUUUUAUAUACCGCAAAUUCGCAAAUUGCCUCUGAGCGGUUAAGAGAAAGGAAAUAUGAAGUAUAAAGGAAAUAGAAAUAGAAAUACGUUGCACAACAAAAUGUUUCAAAGCUAAUAUUACAAUUUACAACUUUUUCUCACCAGAUCAUGAAUAAAUAAAUACCAUAAAAUGGGCCAAUAAACAUAUGAUACGAUCAAUUUAAGAUUUAAAAAAGAUGGGUUUCAAGCAUAACUUUAAAGGUAUUGUUUAACUUUGUGAGCAGCCAAUUUAAAAAAUUCUCAAACCAAGAUGAAACAUGUGUACAAGUGCAUGUAUUAGAACUAAUAAACCCUGAAAACAACCAUUAUUGAGAAUGAAAAGCUAAAACUACAAGGCAAAAGUGUAUGGGAUGAAAUUCAGAUGGUGUUUUCGGUCACUUUAUAUUUCAAUUUUUGAAGCGCUAAAUAAUUAUUUUCGAACGCAAUUUUUUCUUGGCUUCAUUUUUGUAACAUAUCACAGACACAGGUGACAAGUGUGACCUUCUAGCUCAGAUUUUUUAAAAGUCAAACCAAUGUUAACCAGUCACUUUAAAUGUAUUAACACAGUUAGCAUUGCGAAUUUGUAGGGGGAGAUUGUUCCAAAGAAAUGAAGCUGCAGAAGAGAAAGAACGCUGACCGUAUUGUUUGUAAGAAUUAUGAGUUUGAGAAAGAAGAGAUUGAGAAGCAGAACGUAGAACUCGAACUGGCUGAUAUCGAGGAACUAGUUCAGAAAGGUAUGAAGGAGCUAGACCAUGAUAUGACUUGAAAGCAAGAAGAAGAAUUUUGUAGGUGAUAUGAGAAAUAAUAGGAAGCCAGUGGAGUUUGCGAAGCACAGGAGUAAUGUGGGAAGAACGAGGGACACAGGAAACAAGACGAGCCGCGGUGUUUUGGAUGCGCUGGAGCUUUGAGGUCAAUUUUGUGGAAAGGCCAAAGAGAAGGGAAUUACAAUUAUCUAAGCGAGAUGUGAUAAAAGCAUGAAUAAGACGAUGGGCUGUAUUCUGGUCAAGAAACCUACGGAUUUUACUUGUUUUUCUUAAAAGCUACAAAGGCAGACUUACAUAUAACAUCAACAUUUUGAGACAUGGAAAGGGAUAGUUCCAUGACAGCACCAAGAUUCCAUGAUCUAUGAUAGUAGAAAUUCCCAUUAUUACACUCACUCACACACACACACUCUCUCUCUUCUUUUCUUUAUUCCCCUCUCUUCCGUGCUAUGUACUUUUACAUGUAUUUUCAAUUUUGGUUUAUCAUGAUGGGGAUACAUGUCAGAAUUUAAUACAUUCGUCCCCAACAUGACAAACAACAUUCCUAUGUGUGUUAAUUUUUCUUAUGAUGUAGAAUUCGUGUAAAUUGAGCUUUUUUUUAUUUGAUAUUGAAUGUAUUUUAUGUAAAUGUUUGUAAAGGGUUAUGGUUAUGCAAUUCGGCUUUUCAGCCGCUAUAGAUAACCUUGUUGCUAUAAACCGUUUUCAAUAAAUAAAUAAAAUCCAGCAACCAUGUCACAACUCUGACAAUGCCCUAACUUCAUUGAGCAAUGUAGCUAACAAGUCCAGAAAGAAAUCAGCGACUUGGAUGGUCUGCGAACCCACGACCGUCUGACUGCAAGGCGGGAGUCAGAAGGGCCUACAACCAGGCCACGCCGUUUCUGAAUGUUUCCAUACUGCACACAUUUUUGAUAUCUUAUCCCGAAAUUUCGACGAACAGUGUUCGACUUCUUUGUGUUUAGUGAACUUCAUCGUUUGUGAAAUUGAAGUUUAUAUCAAAUUGAUCAAGAAAAUAAAUAUUUGUUUGUAAAGCAGACUCGUUCGAACUUGAAUGGUUCGGAUGAAGCGGAUUAAAAUCUGGGAAAUCCAGACUAAAAUAUUGA